AUGAUGACCAUGACUACGAUGGCUGACGGCUUGGAAGGCCAGGACUCGUCCAAAUCCGCCUUCAUGGAGUUCGGGCAGCAGCAGCAGCAGCAGCAGCAGCAGCAGCAACAGCAGCAGCAGCAGCAGCAGCAGCAGCAGCAGCAACAGCAACCGCCGCCGCCGCCGCCGCCGCCGCAGCCGCACUCGCAGCAGAGCUCCCCGGCCAUGGCAGGCGCGCACUACCCUCUGCACUGCCUGCACUCGGCGGCCGCGGCGGCGGCGGCUGCCGGCUCGCACCACCACCACCACCAGCACCACCACCACGGCUCGCCCUACGCGUCGGGUGGAGGCAACUCCUACAACCACCGCUCGCUCGCCGCCUACCCCUACAUGAGCCACUCGCAGCACAGCCCUUACCUCCAGUCCUACCACAACAGCAGCGCGGCCGCCCAGACGCGAGGGGACGACACAGAUCAACAAAAAACUACAGUGAUUGAAAACGGGGAAAUCAGAUUCAAUGGAAAAGGGAAAAAGAUCCGGAAGCCUCGGACCAUUUAUUCCAGCCUGCAGCUCCAGGCUUUAAACCAUCGCUUUCAGCAGACUCAGUACCUGGCCCUUCCCGAGAGAGCCGAACUGGCAGCUUCCUUAGGACUGACACAAACACAGGUGAAGAUAUGGUUUCAGAACAAACGCUCUAAGUUUAAGAAACUGCUGAAGCAGGGCAGUAACCCUCAUGAGAGUGACCCCCUCCCGGGCUCGGCGGCCCUGUCGCCGCGCUCGCCGGCGCUGCCUCCAGUGUGGGACGUUUCCGCCUCGGCCAAGGGCGUCAGUAUGCCCCCCAACAGCUACAUGCCUGGCUAUUCGCACUGGUACUCCUCUCCACACCAGGACACGAUGCAGAGACCGCAGAUGAUGUGA